AUGGCUGCACAGGAUAAUUUUGGAUGGUUUGGUCUGGGGUCCAUGGGAAUUGGCAUGGCACUGAAUCUGCAGAAACACCUCGCAUCGAAGGGUCUACCGCCUCUUCGGUACAGCAACCGAACGCUUUCGCGAGGUGAAUCUCUGCGGGAAGCCGGGGGACUUCCUGAACGAGACUUCGAGACUUUGGUCCUCAAGUCAUCCGUCAUAUUCACAAUGAUCUCAAACGAUGAGGUCCUGGACAGUCUUGUAUCGAAGGCUCUCGACACUUGGAGCAGCGCCAUACUCGAAGGCAAGAUAUGGGUUGAUACAUCAACAGUCCAUCCAGAUACUGCAGCGAGGUGCUCCGAACGUCUUGCUAAAGUGGGCGCUACAUUCGUUGCGUCCCCUGUCUUUGGAGCUAGCCCUAUGGCGGCGGCUGGUCAGCUCAUCUUUGCCAUGGCCGGCCCCCCCACUGCUAUCGAAAAGCUGAGGCCGUUUGUGGUUGGUGUCAUGGGAAAAAGCAUAAUAGAUAUGGGCGAAGAUGUCCGUAAAUCAAGCUUGCUCAAGAUAUCAGGAAACAUCUUUGUCAUUGGCUUCCAGGAGUUGACCGCCGAAGCGCAAGUCUUUGCCGAGAAAACCGGGCUCGGUACCCGCCAGAUGGAACAGUUCAUCAGGGACAUGUACGGCCCUGUUAUCGAGAGCUACUCGAAGCGCAUGACAACGGGCGCAUACGCGCCACCCUUGGGGACACCCCCUGGCUUCGCAGUGUCCCUGGCGGCCAAGGAUGCCGGACACGCGGUGAGGAUCGCCGAGGAGCAUGGUACAAGAAUACCGACUAUCGAAACAGCGUUGUCCCGUAUGGAGGCCGCUAGGAAGUAUGCAGGAGAAUCAUUGGAUAGCUCGUCAAUCUAUGGUGCAGCUCGGCUCGAAGCCUCAUUGCCUUUUUGGAACGAGAAUAGCAGGCAGUCUAAUUAG